UGUUGAAUGAAAGCCUGCAAAACAGAUUUAUAUGAUAAGAUAGAUUUUUCAGAAUAGUAUAAUAUAGUAACGUGAAAAAAAUAAACGACGCGGAGGGAUUGCGUGGGACCCAAUGACAUCUCUGUUGUCCGAGAAAUCAUUCCCUACUCAUUUAACUCCCUCCUGUCUCGGUGCAACAGAUUCUCUCUUCCUUUGCCUUUAUCAGCUCGAACCAAAAAAUGUCCUCGAGGCCGUCUCCGGCGGCUACUUCGCCGCAUUCUCUACCCAGAAAUUCCACAACGAAUCCUCCAUCGCCGCCUUCUGCUCCUCAUCGGUCUCCAACCACUCGUCCUCUUCUUCCUGAGCCGUCUCAGCCAGCACUUCCUCCUCAUCCUAGUGGCCAUCCAUCUCCACGCUCAGGACCCUCUCGAACUCCACCUUCCCCGUCUCCGCUAGCACCUUCUCCUCAUCCAAGAGGCCAUCCCUCUCCACGCUCCGGACCCUCUCGAACUCCACCUUCCCCGUCUCCGCAAGCACCUCCUCCUCAUCCUAGAGGCCAUCUAUCUCCACGCUCAGGACCCCAUCGAACUCCACCUUCUCCUUCUUUUUCCAAUGGAGUAUCAACAGGAGUGGUAGUUGGACUCGCCAUCGGUGGAGUCAUUCUGCUUGUGAUACUCAUUCUGUUUUGUCUCCUUCGUAAAAAGUGUGGCAACGCGCGUUCCAACCAAAAGAGACGAAGAAUAGACGAUGAAGCUGCUUACUAUCUUCCUCCUCCUCCUCCUCCUGGUUAAAAAAUAAUCAAAAUUAAAUUUUGAAUUAACAUUGCAUGAUAAUUGUAUUUUUUUAACGCUUUGUUGCAUGCUAAUUGUUUAAUUUCAGUUUUUUUUUGUCUAAAAUAAUUUCAGAUUUUGUCGGAAAGAUCUGAAUUUGUUAAAAAAAGUUUCAAUUUUUUUUUUAAUUUAAAAAUGUUGCAAUCUUUUUUUGUUGCAAGUUUUUUAGAACGUUCUUAUGUUUUUCAGCU